AUGUCAAAUAAAGAACAAGACUAUUAUGAGGUUUUGGGAGUUAGUAAAACAGCCUCUGAUGAUGAAAUCAAAAAGGCUUACAGAAAAUUAGCCAUCAAGUGGCAUCCAGAUAAAAACCCCAAUAAUAAACAAGAAGCUUAAGAGAAGUUUAUAAAAAUUGGAGAGGCUUAUUCUGUAUUGUCUGAUAAAGAUAAGAGAGCUAUUUACGAUAGAUAUGGUCACGACGGUUUAAAAAAUGGGGGUGGUGCUAGUUAAUUUUAAGGUUUUCAAGGUUUUAGUAACUUUAAUGAUGGAUUUGAUCCUUUCAAAAUAUUUGAGAGCUUCUUUAAGGAUAGUGGAAUGGAUAAUGAUGAUGAUUUUGGGUUUUUCUUUGGAAGAGGUGGAAGCAAAAAAAAUAGUAACAACUCUUAAAGAAGUCCUUUUGGAUUCUCAGGAUUUGGAGGAUUUGGAGGUUUUGGAGGCUUUGGUGACGAUGACUUCAUGGGAAUAGGAGGAGGAUAAUUCUAAUCGUUUUAAUCUUCAAAUUUUGGAGGUGGAUUUGGAGGAGCUACAUCAAUUUCUACUUCAACAACAGUGCAAAAUGGUCGUAAAGUUACAGUCACAAGAAAGACAACAACUAAGGCUGAUGGAACAACCGAAGUAGUUGAAACUAUUGACAAUGGAGGUAGAAAGGAAGAGAAAAGAUACUCAUUAGAAAAUGGAUAAAAAUCUAAUGGAUCCAAAUAUAUAAAGCAUCAAUGACCUAUAAAAUUUAUAUUCUCUUAUCAUUUAUAUUACAUUCUAAAAUAUA